CUUUGCCCGGGAGGAGGAAAUUGUCCCAGGAGGAAGCUACUUGAGGAAGCAGUCAGUUCCACAAAGUCACAGACUUCUGCUCAAAGUAGACUUUUAAGAGAAAUAACAAUAAGUCCAAACUAUUAUUCACUGCCGUCUUUUGAACAUAUUUUGUGACCCGUGCACUUUCUAUAUUGCAUUCGGAAUCGAAUUCAAAGCCUCUGGUUGUAAGGAGUGCACAACCGUAGGAUUGGAUCAUAGUCUUUGUGGGAAAUAUUUAUGGUUACACACUCUUUUCAUUUGCACCUCUAAUUACCAAGAAGCAUACUUGAAAUAAAUAAAUAAAUAAAUAAAUAAUAGCUUUUUAUUGUGCUAGUGGCUAGUAGGCUCUCUUUCCAGCUUUCUUAGCUCAGAGAAAAAAGGCUGUGUAUUUAAGGAUAUAAAUGAGCAAUCUUCAAAAAAAAAAAAAAAAAAGGUUUGUGUCUUUGGCUACUUUGAGAUUUCAGGCAGUAGUUAUGUAUUGCAACUUAGUUUUAGUGUAUUUUCUAUCUGUUUUGUUUACGUGUUAAAGGGUGGGUAGAUAGAAUACUGAGGAGAAUUAUAACAGAGUGUGGAAGAAUAGUGAGUUAAAGGUUCCUUAUUAUUUUACAAAAAGCUAUAAAUUUGGACGAGCUGGUGAAGGUUUACUUAAACUAGUAGGCACUUACGUAAGCAUUAGGUAAAUAUUUUGGGAUUCUAAAUAAGUGUUCCUAAGAUGAGAGACCGAUUCUUGGGUUGAAAGAAUUACCACCUUCUUGCUAGCAGUUUAGCCCACACUGAGCAGUUCUGGCUGGCGAAGUGGUUGGAUUGAGAGCUAGUGUAGUGGGUGGGACAGUGAAAUUGCAGCUCCUGUAGUUUUUCCAUCGCUUCUCGAUUUUACCUCUUCCCCAAAGUUGGUAAAAAAAUUACUCAUUAACUGCUGGGCUGUCACGGAAGUAACGUUUAAAAGGUAUGGUUCCGUUUCAGUAAGAAUGUUUUGGAACUCCGCUGUGGGUUUAAGCCCCCACCCACUUCACCAAAUCCAGCAAAUGGAAGAAGCCAGGCCUCUAGCGAACCAUUCCGCAACUGAUGCUCGCACAAAUGGGAGGGACCAGGGAGCAGCUGAGAGGCCUUCUCUGGCCCAAAUUUGUUGGGGGUUUUGGCUUUCACCCCUAGAAAAAUUCAUUGAUCUGAGUUUGGCCAGCCCAGAUUAGGGAAAAUUAGGAGAGAGGAAAGGCUUGGGGGCGGGGGUCAGAUACCCAUCCCUAACCUUCCCCAAAGGCACCUGGAUGCCUGGGGAAUCCCUCCCAGGCACUACUGUAAGCUCUCACCUUUGGAGAGGCAAGUUUCUUUCCAAGCCCUAGACACCUGUGUGAGGCGCACCCCGUGGGAAAGGUGGUGUGGGGGACGCGAGAGCUCAGCCACACUGUUUUCCUCGGUGAGGCUGCGGUCACAAUCCUUCCAGAAGUCAAAGCUGUUAGCACGCGCAGUCUGCUCUGUCUUCCUUGGUCGCCAGGAACCUAGCCCCACAUUCUGGAGCCCGGAGACCGCUGACGCCUCUCCAGUUUGCUCCAGGUCCUCUCCCUCCCACCUCUCCACCUCCGAAGUAGCGCUCCAGCCUCGCUCCGCCCGCACAGCCCCAGCGCCCCCGAGCUUUAUCAGGCUCCCCACACACAUCGCUGGCUUCCUUUGGCACCCAGCGCUGGUGACCCUAGCCGAGCAGCCACCGCCUCGGAGCCCAGUCUCCCUCCUCCCGCGCCUGGGUCAUCGCGCCUCCGGGUUUUGCUCCCCCAAGCGCCGCGGCGCCCACCGCCUUUCAGGUUCAUCCUGAGCUGGACCUGUUUUGCUCAUCCCUAAACCCGGAGAAGUGGAAUCUGCACACUGAAACUCUCGGUGGCUGGAGCGGCGGACUGGGCAUGCUCAGAAGCCAGGCUUGGCUUUGGUCUCAAGUCGAGGGAAGCUUUUGCACUCGCGAGGCAGCGGCGACUUUAGGGAAAGUUGAUCCGAGAGGGGAGGAAGCCCCAAGACGCGGAGCAGCGGCAGGAAGGAGCCCCCGGCAGCCCGGAGGAGCAUGGGCACCCUGCGGGAUUUACAGUACGCGCUCCAGGAGAAGAUCGAGGAGCUGAGGCAGCGGGAUGCUCUCAUCGAUGAGCUGGAGCUGGAGUUGGAUCAGAAGGACGAACUGAUCCAGAAGCUGCAGAAUGAACUGGACAAGUACCGCUCGGUAAUCCGGCCGGCCACCCAGCAGGCUCAGAAGCAGAGCGCCAGCACCUUGCAGGGUGAACCGCGCACCAAGCGCCAGGCGAUCUCCGCGGAGCCCACCGCCUUCGACAUCCAGGAUCUCAGCCACGUGACCCUGCCCUUCUACCCCAAGAGCCCACAGUCGAAGGAUCUCAUAAAGGAGGCUAUCCUUGACAAUGACUUCAUGAAGAACUUGGAGCUGUCACAGAUCCAGGAGAUUGUGGAUUGUAUGUACCCCGUGGAAUAUGGGAAGGACAGCUGCAUCAUCAAGGAAGGCGAUGUGGGGUCACUGGUGUAUGUCAUGGAAGAUGGGAAGGUCGAAGUCACAAAAGAAGGUGUGAAGUUGUGCACCAUGGGUCCCGGGAAAGUGUUCGGGGAGCUGGCUAUUCUUUACAACUGUACCCGGACAGCGACCGUCAAGACUCUUGUAAAUGUGAAACUCUGGGCCAUUGAUCGACAAUGUUUUCAAACAAUAAUGAUGAGAACAGGACUCAUCAAGCACACCGAGUACAUGGAGUUUUUAAAAAGUGUUCCAACAUUCCAGAGCCUUCCUGAUGAAAUCCUCAGCAAGCUGGCUGAUGUCCUCGAAGAGACUCACUAUGAAAAUGGAGAAUAUAUCAUAAGGCAGGGUGCAAGAGGAGACACCUUCUUCAUCAUCAGCAAAGGGAAGGUAAACGUUACCCGAGAAGACUCACCAAGUGAAGACCCAGUCUUUCUUAGAACUUUAGGGAAGGGAGAUUGGUUUGGAGAGAAAGCCUUGCAGGGGGAGGAUGUAAGAACAGCGAACGUCAUUGCUGCAGAGGCUGUCACCUGCCUCGUGAUUGACAGAGACUCUUUCAAGCAUUUAAUUGGAGGACUGGAUGAUGUCUCUAACAAAGCAUAUGAGGAUGCAGAAGCGAAAGCAAAAUAUGAAGCCGAAGCUGCCUUCUUCGCCAACCUGAAGCUGUCUGACUUCAACAUCAUUGACACCCUUGGAGUGGGAGGUUUCGGACGAGUGGAGCUGGUCCAGUUGAAGAGUGAAGAAUCUAAAACAUUUGCGAUGAAGAUCCUCAAGAAACGACACAUUGUGGACACGAGACAGCAGGAGCACAUCCGCUCAGAGAAGCAGAUCAUGCAGGGGGCUCAUUCCGAUUUCAUCGUGAGGCUAUACCGGACAUUUAAAGACAGCAAAUACUUGUAUAUGUUGAUGGAAGCUUGCCUAGGUGGAGAACUCUGGACUAUUCUCAGGGAUAGGGGUUCAUUUGAAGACUCGACAACCAGAUUUUACACAGCAUGUGUGGUAGAAGCGUUUGCCUAUCUGCAUUCCAAAGGAAUCAUUUACAGGGACCUCAAGCCAGAAAAUCUCAUCCUAGAUCACCGAGGUUAUGCCAAACUGGUUGACUUUGGCUUUGCAAAGAAAAUAGGAUUUGGAAAGAAAACAUGGACUUUUUGUGGGACCCCAGAAUACGUGGCCCCAGAGAUCAUCCUGAACAAAGGCCAUGACAUUUCUGCUGACUACUGGUCACUAGGGAUUCUGAUGUAUGAGCUUCUGACUGGCAGCCCACCUUUCUCAGGCCCAGAUCCUAUGAAAACCUACAACAUCAUACUGCGGGGGAUUGACAUGAUAGAAUUUCCAAAGAAGAUUGCAAAAAAUGCUGCUAAUUUAAUUAAAAAACUAUGCAGGGACAACCCAUCAGAAAGGUUAGGAAAUUUGAAAAACGGAGUCAAAGACAUUCAAAAACACAAGUGGUUUGAGGGCUUUAACUGGGAAGGCUUAAGAAAAGGCACCUUGACUCCUCCCAUAAUUCCGAGCGUUGCGUCGCCCACGGACACAAGCAAUUUUGACAGUUUCCCUGAGGACAGCGACGAGCCACCGCCUGAUGACAACUCAGGCUGGGACAUAGACUUCUAAUGCAUUUCUCUUACCUGCUUCUGCCUUGCUGAAGACAGCUUUUUUCUCUGAGACACAGCUGCCAGCAAACCUGAGGGAAAGAGAGAAGAUGAGUGCUCGGGGUCACCAUGAUGCCUUUGAUCGAUGCUGCUCCAGUCAGUAACUACAGUGGCAUUAGGACUUAAUGCUUAGACUACGACAGUGCUCUUUACCUGUUUUAUGUUUGAACCUAAAAUAGCAGUUGACAUGGUGGUCCUGAAGCAAAGCCUUUCACCAGUAAAGCGAUGUUUUCUAUUGUUGCUUUGCUCUGAUUAUGUUUUGAAAGAGUGUAGGAAACACUUCAAUCUAGUAGAAGAGUCUGUAUCUUGCUAGAACUACCAAGAAGAUUAGAGAAUAAUAUAUUUGGUACGAUAGAUGACUGCGGUACAGAACCUGGGCUACAUUUCCUUCCGUUGAGAGAAGGGUAUGGGGUCUACGACUGCAAGCCAGUAUAUAUAUAUAUGUAUAUCAUACAACAAGGACCACACAUCUGUGGGUCACAGAGUUCAUGUCAAACCAGUGCUAGAUGUUUCUGAGUUUCUUUCUGAGCUGAUGACGAGACCGAAUGUUACCUUUCCUUUCUGAUCGAUUCUAAACAUUGGCCCUGAUUUAAAAAGCACAACUGUGUGGCUUCCGUACAAGCCUCCCAUGGCAGGUUCAUAGCGUGUUUUUGGAGGACAGAAAACGUGCGUGAAAACUGAGAAGUCGACAUGACAAUGUGGAAGUGGGGAAAGGAAUUCACAACACCAUUUCAUAUCUUUUUUAAAAAAAAAACAAAAAACAUUGUGCUUAAAGAUGGUCCUGGAAAUGACUAGCAGCCAAUUGGUUUUAUUUAUUACCUAACACCCUCAAACUGAGGCUUAAACUAUUCCCUUUUAUAAGAAUAAACCCCUGGGGGAAGGGGCGGGAUAGGGUGGGGAGGAAUUAAGACCCAUCCAAAAAUAAAAAUGAAAAGGUGCUAUGUCUUUCUUUCAUCUGUAAACGUCAGUGUCUGAAUGGACGACACAGAUUCUAAUCACCAUGUCUAGCCAGAGACUCAAGCAUUUUCACCAACUUUAUUAAAAACAAACUCCUGUCAGACAUCACAACACAGUCCAGGUCUCAGAGAGAAAGGAUAUUAAAAAUGUUUUUAAACUAGUCUCUUGUCUUAGGCCUGAACCAAAACAAAAUGCCUACGUCCAGUCUGAAAGCACAAAGCCAGCGCUAUUAAGACUUUACAGUCCUUAGGAGCUUUGUUGUUUUGAGGUCAGGGAGGAAGGCAAACCAGGACUUGAGGACUGUUCCCUAGGUAAGUUUAUCAGAGUGAGAAGGGGUAAGAAAGGAAACCAGGAAACUGAUUUCUUAAAACUACAUUUUAGCCGAAUCAAGCAGAGGUAUUGUGAUCUUAAAAUUUCACAUGAGCUACAGAAGAUAACAUUUGAAAAUCUCAAACGGACUGUCCUUUCCGCAUGAGAGAAAGAGUCACCAGAUUAAACCAAGAGUUUGUCGUCGGCAGGACAGUUGGCCACUGUUCUUAAGUGGCAGAACUUUCCAGAGGUUUCCCUUGGCAGGUGGCAUUUUACUUGUACAGUCAAAUGAACAACUGUCCAAGCUGUCAUCCUAAUUUGGAUAUGUGUGUUAAUAGAGGUUUGCUAUUUUUCCAGGAGGGUUUUUUUAUGUAGAAAUUUCUAUAAAAGUGUUUCCAUUAGAUUAUCACACCCUAGCCGAUAAAUCACAUGAUUUUUGUUUCAAAUUUCAACCUUAAAACUACCUUCAACCGUGCUUAUCCUAUCAAAAUAUUAUACUCUAAAGACAUUUGAAACCUAAAACUGCUCAGUGUAUAUUUAAUUAGGAUAAAGUUCCAUUAAAACUUUGAUCCUGAUUUAUUAUUAUUAUUAUUAUUAUUAUUAUUAUUGUGUAUUGGAAUCCUCUCCUUCAUAAGCAAUUCACAAGAUUACUAGAUUUCCCAAGAGAUCUAUAGAUUUCAACAGACUGUAUAAUAUAAAAUUAUCAAGUUAAAAUUCAGCGAUUUCUGGAGGUUUAUCUUUUAAUUGGCUUUAAAAACAUUAUUCCAUCAUUAUAAUCAGUGUUCAAUACUUUUUCUCGCAAGAUAGUGUGGUAAAAGUUUGCGACGGUGUUAUAUUUGCCUGGUCGUUAGCAAAGGGAAUCUGUCUCUCUAAUUUUUCAAAUAUUAACAGAUCUCCAGGAAUUGGCGCAGACCAUGUAUUUAAGAACUGGGGUUCGAGGCUAAGACAACUUGUGUGUGUGUGUGUGUGUGUGUGUGUGUGUGUGUGUGUACCUGUCCUAUGGAGAAGAAAGUUGUUGCUUUUAGCACAACGUGACUGUAGGUUAUUUUCCACUUGUGAUAAAUCUUUGUUCGUUUCAUCCACAGCAUUGGUUAGAAUGCCCAACACUAUCACAAGAAAUAAAGAUGAAUUCUAUCUUCCAAGAAAUGCUAACAGAAAACAUUCAUCAGAUUUUUUUCAAUACUGAGUUUUAAGGAUUUAUUAAAUCUUGUCUUAAUGAAGACACUAGGGCUAUAAUUCAUAGUCAGCUUCAUAAACCACAUCUUACUUCCUAGACUUUUCCAUACCCCCUCGUCUUUUGGAUUGUUUUGUUUUGUUGCACUAAAGACCAUCUGGAUAAAUUAGAAUAGUGCCAACUUGUUUGAUUUGCUAACUGACUUUCUUGUCGAUAGUUUUAUGUAUGGGAAAUAGGGCUUUCUGUGUGUCCUAAGUCACAGAAAAACAGCAAACUGCCAAGAAAGGACAUCACGAUGUUUAAGUAGAUUGAACACAUUAGAGAAAAAUGAGUUUUUAUACUUGUGAUCUUUGGGUUUUUUUUUUUUUUUUUUUGGAUGUGAAUGAGGUCCAUGUAGCAUUUAAAGCAAAUUCAUUUUUAUCAUAAUCCUCCUUAGUCAUAGGGAACAUACAUGUGAGUUACACAUGUAGUCUAAUAUCUAAACCCUUGAAUCGCUCUCACUUCAUUUCCAAAUGAUAGGCUCGAUGGUGAACCUAAAGAAGUCAGCUACCACAUUGAACACAGGGUAGUAAAACCCGACUUUACAACAGAGGCAGUUAGUGCAUUAUCCACCAUGUUUUCUUUCACGACAGGACCACAACAAAUAUUUAUGUAAAUAGAUAUUUUUGUGUGAUAUUUUGUGGUACAUAUAACUUUUUCUUUAGUGUUUCACAGCAUUAUGAUUUGAUUUGAUUUGUAUUAAAUAAUGUUUUAGGUCCAAGUAGACUUGAAUGGACGUUACAAUUGUUAGUAUUAUUGAAACUUAAUGUCAACAGUACUGUCAUUCAUCCGUCCCAUAGUUUAGAACCUGACCUGGCUAUCUGGCGUUGUUGCAAGUGCCUUAAACUCAUGGCAUCAUAUUAAGAAAACAAAUUUGGUGUUAUGCUGCAUGACAAAGACAAACACACCUCAAAAAAAAAAAAGUUGUCCUUUCUUAGCUUGCUGCGUUUUACAGUUCUUUCUGCUAACAAUUUAUAAGCCUUUAUUAUAUAAUAUUGAUGAAUUACAGAAAUGAUGAAGUCGUUAUCUUUAUUUCUGUUCAAUGUACCAGAGCUGUGUGUCUGUUCAUGAGAUACAGCGUCAUUUCUGUGAAAUGUAUACAUGUACGUGCAGGUCAAAUUUACUAUAUGACAUACUAUCAGUCUGUAUACAGGUAUUCCUGUUUUGCUAAAGCUGUGCAGACCCAACAAAUUCAAAUAUUAAAAAAAAAAAGAGUAGUGCAGUCAAAUCCUAAUUUAUCUCAUUUUAUAGAUUUCAUUAACAAUGGUCAAACCCAAAGGAAAACAAUUGGAAAUGACUGCUCACCACACCUCGUUUGGAAACCAAUAAUGAAAAUGUACCUUGGUGCACCCCUCAACAAAACAGGCUGCUCUCUCUGAGUUCUCGUACAUGCAAGUCAUGUAUGAGGCGAGUUUUCAGGAGACUUUGAAAGCAAACCAUUGGAAGAGUGUUGUUAGCCCUCCCCCUUGUCUGGCCCUGCAACAACAGACAGAGCUCUGGGACCUUGGCUUUGACGCAGAGGUUUGAGCUUUCUACGUAAGGGACAUUUCUUGAAGCAUCACUUAUCAAGUUUAUUUCAACGUAUGAUGUUUUUACAACUGGUCGGUUCUUUUUGUAUUCUUACAGCUCCGGUUAUUUGAUCGUCCUCCUACAAUUUGUUCUACAUGAAAGAGUCUUUUGUUAGAAUGCAAACCAACUGUCAUCUAAUGGUCAUUGGCCACUUGCACUCUUUUGAUGUAGAUUAAAAACUUUUUCACAACUUAACCUGCUUUGAUUUGCUCUGUAUUUUCCCUGCAGCUGUAAUUGCAGAGUGCCUGUUGGAUACUUUAUAGAGUUGAAAUAAAAAAAAAUAAUUACUUUUGAA